GGACCAUAGACGAGGAGGACUUCCCUUGGUGAUUUUAUUUCUUGCUGGAUAACGAAGGCUUUCCCAGAGUUGAUAGCGGAGAAAAUACCAUUGUGUGCUAAUAAAUAAUCAGUUCAAGACACCGAUCACGUCCUAAGUUGAUGGCCUGUCUUCCUCCUCCCGUCCCGUCUGCUCUGGCCUCAUUUCUCUCCUCGUUGCUUCCCCGUGGCUUCGCCGUAGGGCCUUCACAUCUCUGUGAGGGCAGGCUGGGGCUGUGGUGGGUUGGCCGCUCACUGGAGGCUGGAUCCCUGCUGGGGAGGGAGGGGGACACAGAAUGGACCUGGAGUUAUCACACCGACCUGAUGACUCACAGUCGAGAGGGUGAACUCACGACAGAGUCCAAAACAGGUCAGACCAAAAACACCGAAGCAGAAAAGGUACUGAUAGAGAUCGCAGCAAAUAAGGAGGCUCUUCUGGAAAAAGCUGUCUGGAUUAACUUUGCCUGCCAGGUGCGAAGCAGAGCCCAGCAGAACGCGGCAGUGCAGUGUGCGUGUGUAGAGGUGUGUGUGGGCGAGUGUGUGGAUGUGUGUCUGCGUGUGUGUGAGGACGUCCAGCCGGGAACAGAGCUGCUGUUGUAUGAUGAAACUGUUGGAAAAACUGAGACGACAAACAAACCUGACAAACAGAGCAACUCCACGGCACAAGACACAGAUAACAAGGUUGAACACAAAGAAAGCCAAGAAAAGGAAGAGACGGAUGACAAACAAAAGGAGAGAACACAGGAGGAAGAGGAGGGGGAAGAGUGCAGAAACCCCCACAGGUGCAUCAAGAGGAGUCACCCAACCAGACACAGGGGGAAGAGGAGAGUCCAGAGAAUCCCGGACAGUGAUGGACGGCGGGAGAGUGGCACUGAUAGUCAAACAGACAGAGCUGACGCCGUCAACGACAUCACGGCAGCAGGUGAACACACAGACAGCUCAGGUAGAGUCCCGUCUGCUGGGGACAGACAGUCACACUGUAACUCUCCAGACAGUCAGUCUGACUCCCGAGGCCUCUCUGCACCCCCCACUGUCCGCUGCAGCUCCCGUCUGGCUGCGAAACCACGUCGUGUUCACUGUGUGACCAGCCGGUUGAAGCGACCCCCCGCCCGCCCCGACCCACCUACACAGACGGAGGGACAGAGCCGGAGCUGCGCUGAGGGCGCCACGCCCGUCCCAGAAAAGGAGGUUUCCAUGAAGAUACAGUUACACGCCGAUGCUGAGGCUGUCGCGGCAGCUCCGGCGUGGCACCCCGAGAUCAGAGAGAGGCGGUACAGAUGUUCCAGCUGCGGUAAAAAGUUCUACCAGCUCGGCCACUUAAAGAAACACCAGUUCAGUCACUCAGAGGAGAAACCCUUCAACUGCCAGGAGUGUGGGAAAAACUACACCUCUGCAGAGAGCUUCAGGGCCCACCAGAUGAGUCACCGUGGGGAGCGUCCGUUCUCCUGUCCUCACUGUGAGAAGACCUACGGACUGAAGCGGGACCUGAAGGAGCACAUGGUGCUGCAUACCGGAGAAAAGCCGUACACCUGUGAGCAAUGUGGAAAGGCGUUUGCACGCCGCCCCUCCCUACGCAUCCACCGCCUCCUUCACUGCAGCAGAAUGAUCUACACACAGCCUCCGAAGGUGCAGUGCACACUCUGCCCCAAGCUGCUGGCUAACUUCGGCUCUCUCAGGAACCACAUGAAGCUCCACACAGGGGAGAAACCUCACAUCUGUCAGUACUGUGGGAAGUGCUUCAGUCAGAAAGGAAACCUUGAGUGCCAUUUGAGAAUUCACAGUGGAGAGAAGCCAUAUCCCUGCUCCGAGUGCAACCAGAGUUUCUCCCAGAAGCCAGAGCUCCGUCGGCACAUGUUGUCCCACACCGGAGGAGGUUUUCUCUGCAGCUACUGUGGAAAAUCCCUGAGGGACCCGCACAGCCUGAAAUCCCACGAGAGACUGCACACUGGAGAGAGGCCACAUCGGUGCCCUGUCUGCGGAAAAGGCUACACGUUGGCGACCAAGUUGAGGAGACACAUAAAGUCGUCUCACCUGAUGGAGAAGCCGUACAGCUGCCACUGCGGCGCUUCAUAUACUGUGAGACAAAGUCUGCUGAGGCACCAAGCUCAGCACAGGACAGAGGGAGGAACUCUGGAGGAGGUGGAAGGAGGACACGGGGAGGAGACGAACAGCAGCAAGAAAGACGCUGUGCAGGAGUUAGCGGCUUUAAGCUCCAGUCACCCGAAACCAAUCAGAGGCAGACCCAAAAAGAACUCCCUCCCUCACGGGGCAGGAGAGAAGGAGGCUGGUGAAGUGAAGCGGAGAAGGGGACGAGGGAAAGUGGAGGAAAAGGAGGUGAGGCAGAUUCAAGAGGAUGAAACCUCAGGAGGAGGAGAUGGAGAGGCUUCAAGUAACGUCCAACACGCCGUCGUCUACGUCCACACAGACAACCUGUCCACGCCGAGCUCCAACCCUCUGCUCCUCGCCUCGGAAAACUCGCUGCCCGCAGGGACGGGGCAGGAGCUGGUGGAGGUCGUGAUAUCAGAGGGCGCAGAGCAGUGCAUUGUGGUCCACGGGCAGCAGACGGUAGGGGAGCUGCUGAUCUUACAGGAGGAAGGGAACGGACUCUGCUCUGUGGCUCAGACCGUUGAGAUAAACACCAUGUAGCCUAAAAGCUCAGUUUCCUGAACCAUCUCCGGUGGUUCAGAUGUUUCAGUGAACAUCCAAAACUGAAGAGACCAGACACGUCACGCUGUCACAGUAAAUAUCAUCAUUUCAAUAUGUUCAAUACGUCUCAAUACACGUGUUCUUGUUUCUUACAUCCCUCCUUCCUUCAACCUACCUCAUCUGUUUAUUAUUUUUUGUGUACCCCAGAUGGCCUUUGAACAACCUUUACAGAUGUGAACAGAUGUUAACUCAGUAGGAAUUAGGAGGUUAGAGCAACUGGAGAACUCAAGGAUUAAAAGUCCUACCCUUUACUGAGACGCCAAAUUGUCUCAUUGCAUUCUGGUCUGUUUGCUGUGUGUGUGUGCGUGUGCGUGUACGUGUGUGUAAGAAACUGGUCCCUGGGCCUGUUCAGCGAUGGAUUUCUUUUGUUCUGACUGUUGAACAUCGGUGCAUCCAUCGUUUGAUGCUGAGCGUCUGACAUUUACUGCUGAUCCUUAAGCUAAAACAAAACACUUGUGCUGUCAGAGUGAAGCUACACUGGAAGUAACUCAACUUGACAUUAAGUCCUCUACAUUUAGUCAGAUAUCCCCUGGAGUUUAAAGAAAAGGAAUAAAACAACAAAAUACAUCCAAAAAUAUAAUGUACUGUAUGUGUGUGUGUCUUUAUCCACAUUUGAAGACCCUGUUCUCCCACACAGGUGUUUACACUUGACCUGGCUGCGUAGCUCUCUGCACAGGCUGGAGAUGGUCAUCGCACUGCUUGUACUAAAAAAGGUGUGAUUUUUCUCACCCUCACAGGUGAAACAAAGAUAAAACAAGACUGAAGAAGAUAUCGAUCAAAUACAGUCUGUAUAUUCCUGUCCUUCUGCUGUUUGAUGCUGGGCAGGUAGGUUUAAUAAUAAACUGUAAGGUUGCUGA